CAGAAUCAGAUGGCUUCUCCUUGAGAACCAUGCCUUCUGUAUUGGUCCUCGUACCACUAUUGCCAAGCCGUAAAUUGGCGCAGCAUGUCGUCCACGCAGAGUGGUCCGCUGGCAGCAAGCGAUAUUGAAGAACCUCCCCCUGGUCCGCACUCUCCCCCGCGGCAGGGAUACCAGCCUGUUGAGACCUCAGUGGAGUAUGUAGACGGGAUGAUCAGUGUCGAUUCAACGGACAAUGAUUCUGCGAUUGCUAAUUUGUCGCGGGCAGCCUCUGUAUUCUCGGUGCAGUCGAGCGUGUACGACUAUAUGGUUGAGAAUGGGAGGACAUACCAUCGGUUUAAGGAAGGCAACUAUGUUAUGCCGAACGAUGAGAUCGAGCAAGAUAGAUUAGAUAUGCAACACUACGUUUGGAGUAUUGCGCUCCAAGACCAGUUAUUCCCGGCUCCAAUAAAACCCAAUCCACAAAACGUUUUGGAUAUGGGAACGGGAACUGGGAUAUGGGCGAUAGAUUUUGCAUUUAGAUUUCCUUCGGCACAAGUUAUAGGGAAUGACCUCAGCCCCAUUCAACCAAACUUUAUUCCAGCAAACUGCACGUUCGAAAUAGACGACAUUGAAGACCACUGGACAUACUCUCAGAAAUUUGACUUCAUUCACGGUCGCCUCCUGAUUAGCUGCUUUAAAGACCACCGAGCGGUCCUCAAACGAGCUUUUGAUGCACUGGCACCAGGAGGCUACCUCGAAAUGCAGGAUGCUGACUUUCCCAUGAAAUGUGUUGACGACAGUUUAAAUGGGACCGCGCUAUGGAAAUGGAACAUGUUGAUUGAAGAGGGGGCAAAGAAAGUUGGGAAACCAUGGACUAGAACGAACCAAUAUAAGGGUUGGAUGGAAGAGAUCGGAUUCGUUGAUAUUGAAGAAAAGAUAUUGCCCUGGCCAAUAAAUACUUGGCCAAAGGAUACAUAUUUGAAGUUGUUGGGUCUUUGGUUUCAGUUUGAUUUACUGGAGGGGCUGAACUCGACGACAGCUUUGUUGACGAGAGGGCUAGGCUGGUCGACCGAAGAAGUCGAAUCCUUGCUUGUGGAUGUGAGAAAGGAUAUUGAAAAUAGGCGUGUGCAUGCUUAUGUACAAAUGCAUGUGGUGUAUGGGAAGAAACCGGGCUAGACGCA